AUGAACAGGAUUACGCUUUACGAUUUUAUAAUUGACGAAAUAAAAGGAGGAACACAUUAUGAAAGAUAUUAUAGUGAUAGUGAUUGUUCAGAAGAAGAAUGUAAAGAAGAUGAAAAUGUUUCUAAAAAUAUAAAUGAUAAUAAAGAAAAGAAUAAUAAUGAUGAAUAUAAAUAUGAUUUUUACAAAUUUCUGGAUAAUAUUUUUAAAGCAAAUACUAUACCAGAUAAUGCAUUAGAUCAUAUGUUAAAUGUACCUUUUUUUUUUGAGAAACUAAUGAGUUUUUCAUUUCUUUUAUGUUUAGAUAAUAUACUAUACGAUAUAACGUUUAUGCCCAUACAAGUUGCACGAUCCAUAUGCCUUCUGAUUAGUUUAUUUUUUAAGAACGCUAGUCGUAAUAUUAUGAACAUUUUUUAUAAUUUUAAAAAUUACAAGUUUUAUAAAUAUGCGGUGAAUAAUUACAAAGACCCAAAGAAGAAAUAUAAGGUGAGGGUUAUAAAGAAUUUAAAUAAAUCGUCAUAUAUUAAAAGAAAAGAAAAUGAUCAUAUGUAUGAAAGCAAAUAUAUUAAGGAGAAGUCCCUUGAUGAAUCUUCUAUUUUAUAUAAGAAAUUAUCAAGGAAUUUGUUUUCGUUUCAUUAUCUUAAUGGUUCUCGCUUUAGCAUGAACGCUUCUCAUUCGGAUGACAUAUGGGUAGACAUGCAUUUAGAAAAAAGGGUACAUGUUAAUAAUAAUAAUAAUAAUAAUUAUGAUGAUGAUAAUAAUAAUAAUAAUAAUAAUAAUAAUAAUGAUAAAGAAUUUAAUAAAAGUGUAGAAAAACAAGAAAAUGAUGAGCAUAAAAAUAAUAUAUGUGAUAACAUUACUUGUAGUAUGAAAAAGAAAAAUAUCGGGAAAUAUUUUUUGUAUAAUAGAAAGAGAAAAAUGUCAAGUUAUAAUAAAGAUUUAAAAAGUGAAUUGUUGAAAUGUGGUCAUAAAUACAGUGUAUUGAAAUCAAGGGAAGACAUAAAAUUGUUAAGGUCGAAGUCUAUUAUGUUAAAUUAUGUAAAUAAUAAUAAUGAUGAUGAAGAAAAAGGACAAGGACAAGGAAAGAAAUAUAUAAAUAAUAUAAAAUAUUUAAAAAACGAAAUAAAAUUAAAUUAUUAUUUUAAGUAUAAAGGGAAUUUGAUAAAUGAUUCAUAUUAUAGUGAUACUAUUUAUGAUAUGGAAAAAGAAAAUUGGACAAAGCAUAAAAAAAAUAAAAAGAAAAUAAAUGAAAUAUAUAAUACAACGAAAAAACAAAAAAAAAAUUUCUUUAUACAUUUUUUUAUUAUUUUAUUUUGUUUUGGUAAAAAUAUAUUACAAAAUAUUAAAUAUCUAAUGAAUUAUAUAUUUAUAAAAAUUGUGUACUUUUUUCAUAUCCAUAAAUUAUACACAUUUCCUAUUUAUAAUAAAGAUGAGAGGAAAAAAAAAAAAAAAAUGUAUACACAAUCAUUUGAAAUGAAUUUUCAUAAUACAAGAAAUAAUAUAAGAAAUAAACAGAUGGUUGAUUUUUCUGAUAUACACAAUAGGAGAGGUUUAUUAAAAAUAGAUUAUGAACAAGGAGGUGAAAUACAUAGGUUGAACUCUGUACAUUUUGAAGAUAAUGAAGAGCAUAUCUCUUCCGACCUUUUUAUAAAGCAUAUGUAUAAAUCAAAUGAAGUAGAUAUGGGCAAAUGUUUGAAUAUGUCUAAUAAGGAGAAAACAAAACAAAAUAAUAAGAACAUGAGAAAUUUAUUAAUGUGUGCAAAACGUGUUAUAGGUAGGAACAAUAAAUUGUGUGCAAGCAAAAAUGAUCAUAUUGAUACGAACAAAAGAGAAAAUUAUUCUAAUGAAUUUUUAGAUAAUAAAUUUGAAGCAUCUUGUGAGCAGUAUGAGAAGGAUAAGGAUACAAAAAUGAAUGAUCCUAACAAUAAUAUGGAUAAUAAUAUGGAUAAUAAUAUGGAAAAUAAUAUGGAAAAUAAUAUGGAAAAUAAUAUGGAAAAUAAUAUGGAAAAUAAUAUGGAAAAUAAUAUGGACAAUAAUAAUGAUAAUAAUAAUGACAAUCAUAUUAUUAUGAGUGAUGUAAUGAAUAACUCUAGUUGUUGUACAACCGAAAAACAUAAUAAUUCCGAUCUUCUCAAUAUGAAGGAAAAUGAUAAUAUGUUCAAUGCAUGUUCGCAUAAUAAUGAUGACAAAAUAAUUAAAAAAUGUUGCCAUGAUUUGAAGUACAAAAAAGAUAAUAAAAAUUGUAAUACCUUUAUGGUAAAUGAGAUCAAUAAUGAUGAUAAAUUUAUAAAUGAUACAAAUAAAUGUAACCCAUUUUUAGUUAAAAGCUUUUAUAACGAUGAAAAAUAUAAAAAGAGUAAUGGUGCUUUUAUUAAAUUAAACGAAAAUAAUAAGAAGGAUUCAAAGAAUAUGAAAAAUAAAAAAAAUAUAAAUAAUUUACAAAAUAUGAAUAAAAUAAAAGAUAUGAAAAAAAAACUUUUUAAAGAGCAUUUAAAUUCUUUAAAAUUAUCAUUUCCUGAAUAUAGUGGUAUAAUUAGGUUAUCUUUAAUAUUGAUUUGUAUUUACAUUUUUUCAUUUGUUGAUACAUCUAGAAUCUAUCAUUAUAUAAGAGCCCAGCCUUUUAUGAAAUUAUAUGUGGUUUUAAAUAUGUUAGAAAUUUUAGAGAGAUUAUUGAGAUCUUUAGGAAAAGAUUUGAUUGAUAAUAUGAUAAGAACGUUUAUAAGGAUAAUUAAUUUGAGGUCAUAUAUUUGUAUUAUAAGAAAUAACUAUAACGAGAAAGCUAGUAUAAAUAGUAAUAGUAACUAUAUAAAUUAUGUACAUAAUGAUAAUUAUGGAGUAAAUAGUUAUAUUUACAAAAACGAAGACAAUAAUAAUGAAUUAAUUACCUUUGAUAAUACUAGGCAUAUUAACGUAUUUACAAAUAAAAGUAAAGAUAAUCUUCUUAAUAAUAAUAAUAAUAAUAAUUUGAAUUAUAUGAAUUAUAUGUAUAAAGAUAGUGUUAUUAAGAAUAAACAUGAAUACGAAAAUGGUUACGUUACUAAUAUGCAUAAAGAUAUUUUUUCGAAUAAUUUUUACAUGAAUAAUAUAAGAGAUCAUGCAGAUUCAUUUUAUUGUCAGAAUGAAAUAAAUUCUUUUAAUUUAAAUAAAAAUAAAGAAAACAACGUAGGAUUUUUUAAUAAUGAAAAUGAUAAAAAGAAAAAUAAUAAAUCUAAAAUAUCCAUAUUAUUUCCUUUUUAUAGUGUAGUACUUAAAUUUACCAUACAAUAUAUAUUUGUUCUUGCGUAUAUCUUAAUUCAUGCAUUUAUGCACCUUGUGCGAUUCUUAUCCUUAAAUAUAGCUAUCAAUUCAUCAGAG